CCGGGUGAAGAAAUGCAUCGGGGGGGUCAUCUUCUUCCACGAGACCAUGUACCAGAAGGCUGACGACGGCACCCCCUUCGUUCAAAUGAUCAAGGACAAGGGCAUCGUCGUGGGCAUCAAGGUGGACAAAGGUGUCGUGCCGCUGGCCGGGACGGAUGGCGAGACCACCACGCAGGGUCUGGAUGGGCUGUCGGAACGCUGUGCCCAGUACAAGAAGGACGGAGCCGACUUUGCCAAGUGGCGCUGCGUGCUGAAAAUCAGCGACAACACCCCCUCGGCACUCGCCAUCAUGGAGAACGCCAACGUUCUGGCCCGCUACGCCAGCAUCUGCCAGCAAAACGGCAUCGUGCCCAUCGUGGAGCCGGAGAUCCUGCCCGAUGGUGACCACGACCUCAAGCGGUGCCAGUACGUGACGGAGAAGGUGCUGGCAGCUGUCUACAAGGCACUGAGCGACCAUCACGUCUACCUGGAGGGGACCCUGCUGAAGCCCAACAUGGUGACCCCUGGGCACUCCUGCCCCACCAAGUACAGCCCCGAGGAGAUUGCCAUGGCCACUGUCACCGCCCUGCGCCGCACCGUGCCCCCCGCCGUGCCAGGCGUCACCUUCCUGUCCGGGGGUCAGAGCGAGGAGGAGGCUUCCAUCAACCUCAACGCCAUCAACACGUGCCCACUGCUGCGGCCGUGGGCCCUCACCUUCUCCUACGGGCGGGCGCUGCAGGCAU